AGUUUGUCCCUCUGCGGCAUCUGUACUCUGUGCGUGCCGUCGCUUUGAAUGUUCGGCGCGUUUUAACGGUCGACGUUCUAUUCUGACAGCGACAGAAACGGAAGAAUGGCCUCCUCCGAUGAUAGCUCAUUCAAGACCCCCAAAUCCGUACGAGCGAAGGGCGUUAAAAGUAAUGCAGGGACCCCCAUCACCAUCCCAGCUUCACCUUUCAUGAAGAAGCUGGGCUGCGGGACAGGAGUCAAUGUUUACCUCAUGAACAGAGUGGAAAAGAUGAAUGCAUCUCCCUGGGCUGUGAAGAAGAUCAACAGUAAAUGUGCCUCCAGGCAGGUGGCUGUUUACCAGAAGCGGCUGAACGAGGAGGCAAAGGUCCUGAAGGGAAUAAAUCAUCCAAACAUUGUUGGUUUUCGUGCCUUCGCCACGGCCAAAGACGGCUCCAAGUGUUUGGCCAUGGAGUAUGGAGGAGAGCAGUCCCUCAAUGACCUCAUAGAGAAGAGGAGAGAGGACGGCCUGAAAGCUUUUCCUGCAGCCAACAUAGAGAAAGUGGCUCUACAUGUGGCUCGUGGCCUGCAGUAUCUUCACAAUGAGAAGAAGCUGCUGCACGGCGACAUGAAGUCCUGUAACGUGGUCAUUAAAGGCGACUUUGAGACUGUCAAGAUCUGUGAUGUUGGUGUGUCUCUGAAGCUGGAUGAGAACAUGAGAGUGGCGGAUCCAAAGGCAGAGUACAUCGGCACAGAGCCGUGGAAGCCGAAGGAGGCUCUGCAGGAAGGAGGAGAGAUCACUGACAAGGCGGACAUCUUCGCCUACGGUCUGACACUGUGGGAGAUGAUGACACUGGCUAUGCCUCAUCUGGAGAUGCUGGAGGAUGAUGAUGAUGAGGAGGAGGAUGAAGACGACUCGAUGGAGUUGAGUUUCGAUGAGGACGCCUACUACGAGAGGUUGGGGACGAGGCCGCUGCUGGAUGCUGAAGCUCUGGGCAGCUCCUACCAGAAGAUUGUGGAGCUUUUCUGUCUCUGCACAGAAGAAGACCCCAAGAAGAGACCCUCAGCUGCCCAGAUUGUCCAGGCUUUGGAGAGCAACCCCCCGGUGGAGAAUACACCCAAUGAGGUGAUAGCUGUUGACUGAUUUACAUAACUGAUUCUGCAUUUUUAUGUUUGAGUUCCAGGUUAGGAAGAUUCAGUCCAGUUCAGUCUUUUGAGGAUUUACAUUACAGAUGGCAGAUUGUAUUGGCACAGCUAAUUCCACUGCCCAUUGUUUCCUAAUUUUUACGUAUUUUGGGAAGUUUUUUGUACCAAUAUAUAAACAACUACAACCUCCAGGACAUGAAAAUAUUGUGAGGAUGUUAUCUUUUCUUUCCUGUUCUGUUGACUUUUAUACUGUCUUUUUCUUAUUUAUUUUGUUUUACUUUCAUUAUUUGUAACUUUCUCCUGGAGUUAUUCUUGAAUAUCUGUGGCUUGUUCAAUUUUGUAAACUUUAGUCAAAAUCUCCUUUUGUAUUUCAUUUCUAUCACUAAAUUAUACUUAAAACCACAA